AUGUCAGGCCCCAGUGGGGACUUGGGCAUGCCAGUGGAGGCAGGUGAGGAUGUCAGCUUUGGUGCUGCCAUCAACUCCAUGUUGGACCAGAUCAACUCCUGUCUGGACCACCUGGAGGAGAAGAACGACCACCUCCAAGCCUGCCUCCAGAAGCUGCUUGAAUCCAACUGGUAGAGACACCUUGAGUUCCAGCAGAAGCCUGGGGAGGCCCCUAGUGAUGCCAGUCCUUAG